CAGUUUGAACGCGCUACUCAAGGGAGCCGUGUCCAAGGAUUCUCGAUUCUCCAUUCUCGAUUCCCGAUCUCUCAGCUCAAGCUUAAACUAUCUCCAAGAUGUCGUACAAGGUGGAACCACUGCCCGAUUCCUACGCCGGCCUGGGCGAAGGUCCUCACUGGGAUGUGGCCAGGCAGAGCCUGUACUAUGUGGACCUGGAGGCGGGCAGCCUGCUGCGCUACGACUAUGCCCAGAACAAGGUCUACAAGACGAAGAUCGAGGGCGAGACCUUGGCCGGAUUCGUGCUGCCCGUGGAGGGACGUCCGCAGGAGUUCGCCGUCGGCUGCGGUCGACGCGUGGUGAUCGUCAACUGGGAUGGCGUCUCGCCCAGUGCCAAGGUGGUGCGCACCCUGUUCGAGGUGCAGCCGCUGAUGGAUAAGAAUCGUCUGAACGACGCCAAGGUGGAUCCCCGUGGUCGCUUCUUUGGCGGCACCAUGCGCUACAUUGGCGAUGAGUUCGAGUUCCGUCACGGCGAGCUGUACCGCUGGGAGGCCGGUGGCCAGGUGUCGGUGAUCAAGGGCGAUGUGGGCAUCUCCAACGGACUGGCGUGGGACGAGAAGGCCAAGAAGUUCUACUACAUCGAUACCACCGACUACGAGGUCAAGUCGUAUGACUAUAACUUCGAUACCGGCGUGGCCACCAAUCCCAAGGUGAUAUUCAACCUGCGCAAGAACAGUCCCAAGGAUCAUCUGCUGCCCGAUGGAAUGACCAUCGAUACCGAGGGCAACCUGUAUGUGGCCACCUUCAAUGGCGCCACCAUCUACAAGGUUAAUCCCAACACUGGCAAGGUCCUGCUGGAGAUCAAGUUCCCAACCAAACAGAUUACCUCCGCCGCCUUUGGUGGCCCCAACUUGGACAUCCUGUACGUGACCACUGCCGCCAAGUUCGAUCAGCCCGCUCCGGGUGGCACCACCUUCAAGGUGACCGGACUGAACGCCACCGGCUAUCCCGGCGUCAACCUGAAGGUCUAGGAGCAGCAAUCUCUAUCCUUAGCCCCAGUUAAAUGUACCAAUCGAAUCCAAGUGCAAUUAUAUGUUAUGCUCUUUAACGUUUUAAA